GGGAAUACGAGCAAACGAUUAUUACUGCAUUAGGAGAAGCUCCGUUCCGUCCCGGCUGAGCGGUGGGUGCUGGAAACGCACAUGAAUAUACAUUUAUAGGCCAGCAAGAUGGAUGCCAGAGCUACCAUUGGCAGUAGAAAGACAUUAGGACCUAGACGGUCCAUUGAAACAGGAACGGCUGUGCGAUACUCUCGCUGGUCCUCCGUUUUCACAAUCGAUGAAAACUUUACAGCUGGUUUUCCAGAAAUGUGUCUGCGUCAUCCCAAGGACAAGCGACACAUUGUGCCGGAUUACCAGGACGUGCCUGAAGAGUUUUAUGAUCCAAAAUUUACGCCACCUUAUUGUGAUGAUUUGGAAAUGUUCAUCGAUCCGGAUUUUGCAACAUUUCAUGUUCCACUUUAUGUGCGCUGUCUGGAGCGCUAUGGCGAGGCCAAGCGCCUGUACAAUCGGCAACUCAAUCGAGAGAUCAGAAAACAUAUAGACAAUCAGCCAACGGCAGAUUGUGCCUGGCAAUUUGUGAGAACCAUGGCCUAUACCACGCUGUGGCCACCGCUGCACACCAGGGAGGAGUUGAAGCUGUUUGAAAAGGGUUUCUGCAAGCUGUCGCCUGCGGAGAAGCGUCACUAUGAUAGGAUAAUGAAGACCACCUUUACUUAACGCCAAUUUGGCAUCAGUUGGGGAAAUAGUUAAAGUUAGUUAACGCUGAAAAAACAUUAACCAGAGAAAAAAAAUAGUUUUCUAGUUAGAUAGCGCAACGCUGCAGCCAUUUUGUUAUCGACAUUAAACAAGAAAAAACUAUAACAAUGUGACACCUAAAAACAACACAAGGAAAAUACCAAAAAAAAUAUUUUAAA